AUGGAGCCAUUAGUUAUGACUACGCUCUGUGUUGUGCUUUUGGCUUUGCUAACACCAUCUUCUUCUCUGCAAAUUCAUGUGCAAAGGGCAGGCAAUGAACUCCAGCAUUCUCUCCCUGCACUGCCAAGGAAGCUCAAACUCUUUGAGAUAACUGUUAAAGGAUAUGGAGGUCAAGAUUUCCACUCAUACGACAGACAUUAUAAGGAACAUGUUGCAGGUAAGUCGUCGAAGGUCGACAAAGAGCAGGUUGUGGUGCAUGGAAGCAAAGGGUCGACGUGGCAAGAAUGGAUUGAUGAGGGGGCGGACACGUCAGAGUUUUAUACGAUGGAUUAUUCCCAAGUAAGAAGACGACGUCCUGUACAUAACAAGUCCAUGCCGGUGGGUCCAUGA